AUGAUGAAAUGUCCAGAAGUAAUAACACUUGAUAAUAGCGAUGACGAUGACAGCGAUGGGCAUAAUUCAGAAAGUCGAAAUGUGGGGGCGACUGCUUCAAUUAUUCGUGCGAAACCUCUCAAUUUCUCAGCACUGCAACCAUGGAAAUCUACAGUCACCAAACCACCAGUGCGUACACGUUCGUCGCAGUUCUGCCGAGUUAAUAUUUCGGAAACUUCCGCAACACAAAUGCUGCAGAAAGCAUUCGCGUCGACUUCACAUACUAAGCAACCUGGUUUAGAACCCCAAAACCGGGCCAUAUCUAGUGCGGAAAAUGGCACUAGUUAUAUAGUUUUAUCAUCGUCACGUAGAGAAAGUACUUUAGAUUCGUAUUGUUAUGAAAGUUACGAUCCGAAAGCACCGCCGUUUGAAGCGCAACAAUUCAAUGCCAAAUUCCGAUGUUCCGUUGGAAACUGCCGAAUGCUGCUUUCAAAUAAUGUAAGUUUCAUGUUCCAUUUAUGGGCACAUUUAACUGAGUUCAGUUAUGGCAGUGGUCUUAAUUGCCCUCGAGAAAUGCACCGAUUCUGCCGUUGUCCACAGUGCUUACAUUUAUUUCCUACUGCGUAUCGUCUGCAGAUCCAUUAUGAUAAUGUUCACAGUGCGACGCCAUCCUCGUCCACAUGUAAAAUAUGUGAAAUCACUGUAGAUGAGAGCAAGCACCGGAAAAUUCAUGGCGAUUUCGAUGCACCAUUUCAUUGUAAAAAAUGUCGAUACAGGACUUCAAUAAGAACCCAUUAUAUAGAUCAUUUUGUUCGAUUCCAUUCAAAUACACGUACUUUGUUGUGUCCCUUCUGUCUUUACUCUUAUGUCAUACCGCGAGACAACACAUCACCUGUGACAAGCGAACGCGAAUAUGUCAAACAUUUUUUGCAACAUCAGGAAGAAAACUAUGGUUGUGAUCAGUGCUCACUGAAAUUCAUACGAUAUGCUGAUAAAUUCGCUCAUCGGAAAGAGCAUACUCAGCCAAACCUAAAGUGGAUCUCAAAAAGUGUCCAAGUACAUACAAGGCGAAAAGGCCGCAAAUUAUGGUCAAAAAAAAAGAGGAGAUGUAUAGAAUGUAAUGAAGGUUUAAAUAAUGUGUGUGAGCAUUUCAAACAUAUUUAUUAUUGUUCUCAUUGCGGUUAUCGUACGAACUGUCACAAUGCGUCACAGCGACACAAAUUCAUCAAAUGCAGAAAGGAACGAGAAGGAAUGACGAGAUCUCAAUUAUUACCAUCAUUAGUCGUCUGUAAUCGUUGUAAACGUGCAUCAUGUAUUGAACGAGACAUUCUGGAUCAUGUGCGUGGUUGUAGUGGAGGAAGUUGUAUUGUCGUUGAUCUGAAGCAAGAAAAGAGCAAUAUCUUCAGCCAAUAUAAUGAUGAGCUGGAGAUGAAGAUUUUUGCUCUUCGUCCGCAAGAAGAAACCACAAGACCUGGUAAUAAUGAUAUUGUGUCAGACUUGCAUAAUUUCUGCCGUCUACGCGAUCAAAAUUCUUUGUCGCCCUCUCUUGUCAAAGCAAAUAUGGAGUUGAAUAAUGCGCGUUUGCACAUUUUGAAGAGGAUUUGUCCAAGACCGCGGUUUUCUUUUGCCGAUAUGCUCAAAUGUUCUUGA